AUGUCAUCUGAGGGAUCAGAAAAAACGUUAAAGCUUGUUCACAUUGAAAAGCCCCCAACCUCGAUCGAUAGCCUCCUUACGGAUGCAGAGGCCGACGUUAGCCAACGAGCAAAGACACUUAGAACAUGCCCUCCUCUUUCGAAAAUUUUGCCGCCGGACAAGAGUGUUGUGAAGCUUAUGGAUUCAUAUUUUGCGAAUUACUCAUUAGUUUUAUCAGAAGCAUCUGCAAGGGCUGGAACAGAACUUAAGGUGAUUUGGGACACUGCAAUCCUUGAGGCUGGAUUUGUGAAUCUUCCUAAUAUCUUCACCUUUGUAAUUGUCCGGUUCUUUGAGAUGGGCAAAAUCAAGGUUGAGGCCGAGCAUCACAAUGGCUCACAACUGGUUGACUGGGCAGAUGGUCCGAUUGCCAUCAUUAAGAACGCUCGUAGGAUCAGAAUAACAGGAACAGGAAAACUAAUAGGCAGCUUUGUUAGCUAUGAGAUGCCAUCACCACCGGCCCCUUGA